AUGCGCUUGUCUUCACUAAGCGAAGAAUUAGACGCCAUUACUCGAGAAUACGACUAUGGAAUUGUUCCCGGAUCCGCUACCGUCUUUGUAAAAGAUGAAAUCAACGGCGUUGGCCGCUUGGACUUGACAUUGCUCGAAGGGGUCAUGAUUGUCAUUGAUGUUACCGACCAAGGCUAUCGUGUCACUUCUUAUUCCCCUCUUUCCAGUCUCGACACCGCUUUGACCACGGCGCAGACAGUGCAGGCUCACCUCGAAGCGCCUUUUGAAAGCAUGGAAAACCUCCUGAUGACAAUCUCUCCCAUGUUUCGCGAAAGGUUUCAUAAAGCACUGUUCGAAAAACUACAAAGCGUCCAUCAA